GCGAGAAAGAGAGAGAGAGGAGCAUGAGGGCGCAUCUGCCUUCUGUCAAAAGUGACAGCUGUGUCCACUGCCUCCCCCGUGAAAGCAAAACCUACCAUUAUUCCACAACGAGCUUCAUCAGACUGGCUACCUCUGAGGUCUCGGGCGUCAGGUCUGCUAUCUCGCGUUGUUCUUAUAUUUUUGUUUCAGAAUAUGUUUCGUCUGUUUCAGUGAGCACAUACAAGCGUUACCACAGCUCGCAGCGACAUUUCUGACGGCGCGAGAGUUUCGAGUCCCAAAACUCGAAGCAAGACAUAAUUGCUUUCAAACAACCCGGCUUUCUUUUAUUUUGCAUUUAGACUCGGCGAUUUUUCACUUUCGCGAGGAACCCUUUAGCAUUCACGUGUCCGUUGUAUUUAUUGCUGGGGCUAAGCACUUGUUUCUUGUACAAUGUGUACGAGUUCUAGAUGAUCGUAUUUUGUCUUGCUCGGUCGUCCUUGAAAGAGAGAGAGAGAGAACCAGAAUAAGAGGGUUCUUGAAUCUGUCCACGCGUGAAAAUGCCUGUGCGCCGGGGACACGUCGCUCUUCAGAACACUUAUCUGGACACCAUCAUCCGGAAAUUUGACGGGCAAAAUCGUAAGUUCCUGAUUGCUAACGCCCAGGUGAAGAACUGUGGGAUUAUCUACUGCAAUGAGGGCUUCUGUCAGAUGUUUGGUUUCUCGCGGGCAGAGAUCAUGCAACAGUCCUGCACGUGUCAGUUUCUGGUGGGGCCGGGCACUAUGAAGAGCGCCCUGGCACAGCUGGCACAGGCCCUGCUCGGGUCAGAAGAGCGCAAGGUGGAGAUCCUGUUCUACUCUAAGGAAGGGGCGUGUAGGCCAUGUUUAGUUGAUGUCGUUCCAGUAAAGAAUGAGGAAGGAGUCGUAAUCAUGUUCAUCCUAAACUUCCAGGAGCUUUUAGACCCAUCUAUGAAAAAAGGUGGCAUUAAACAGCGGAUGGCACACAGCUGGCUACAGGCAGGUCAGAGACGCAAGAUGAGGCUUAGAAUGCCCUCUCUCCGUGUCAAACGGCAGCCGUCCCUCCCUCAGGACCACUUUGAAGGAGUGGUGGUGGACUACCUACAGCCCUCUCAUGAGGAGGUGGCCCUGAAAGACCUCCAGAUGUCUCCAGACAGCUGCUUGAAAUCAGAGACCCAGGCCUUGAUUCAGCAGACCUCCUGUUCCCUCUCAUCCCCACUCUCACGGCCCUCAGACUGGCUAGAGCCUGGCGGACCCCCUCUCAAACACAGCCACUCCAGGGAGAGCGUAUGCAGCCUGCGCCGGGCAUCCUCACUGCAUGACAUCGACGGCAUGAGGGACCAGUGGAGCGAUCUGAAGCCCAGUAACUUAAACUCCACCUCAGACUCAGAUUUGAUGCGGCACCGUACCAUUGGCCGCAUCCCUCAGGUGACGAUAUCUUUCGGCUCGGAUCUCAGACCACCUUCCCCCACAGAGAUCGAGAUCAUAGCACCCAGCAAGAUUAAAGACCGCACACAGAACGUCUCAGAAAAGGUCACUCAAGUCACGCAGGUACUGUCACUCGGGGCAGAUGUGCUUCCCGAGUACAAGCUUCAAGCUCCACGCAUCCACAAGUGGACAAUCCUCCACUACAGCCCAUUCAAAGCAGUAUGGGACUGGAUCAUCUUACUCUUGGUGCUCUACACAGCCGUCUUCACACCCUACUCCGCUGCCUUUCUCCUCAAUGAGCAGGAGGACGAGAGGAGGCGCACCUGCGGCUACACCUGCAACCCCCUCAAUGUAGUGGACCUGGUGGUGGAUGUCAUGUUCAUUAUCGACAUCCUCAUCAAUUUCAGGACCACUUAUGUCAAUCAUAACGACGAGGUUGUCAGCAAUCCUGUUCGCAUCGCUCAGCAUUACUUCAAGGGCUGGUUCCUCAUAGACAUUGUGGCUGCGGUUCCUUUCGACCUGCUCAUUUUCAGAUCAGGUUCAGAUGAGCCUCAAACCACCACUCUGAUUGGCCUUCUAAAGACUGCACGGCUGCUGAGAUUGGUUCGAGUAGCGAGGAAACUGGACCGUUACUCUGAGUAUGGCGCAGCAGUUCUCUUCCUCCUCAUGUGCACCUUCGCCCUCAUCGCCCACUGGUUGGCAUGCAUCUGGUACGCCAUUGGCAAUGUGGAGCGCACCAGCUCUGCCCGAAUCGGAGGCAUGAAGAUCGGCUGGCUGGACAACCUGGCAGACCAGAUUGGCAAGCGCUACAAUGACAGUGACUCCUUCUCCGGCCCCUCCAUCAAGGAUAAAUAUGUAACUGCACUGUACUUCACUUUCAGUAGUUUGACCAGUGUGGGAUUCGGAAACGUCUCUCCUAACACCAACCCUGAGAAGAUAUUCUCCAUUUGUGUCAUGCUCAUUGGCUCCCUGAUGUAUGCCAGUAUCUUUGGCAACGUUUCUGCUAUAAUUCAGAGGUUGUAUUCAGGCACAGCUCGCUACCACACUCAGAUGCUCCGUGUGAAAGAGUUCAUCAGGUUUCAUCAGAUCCCAGGAGGCCUUCGGCAACGACUAGAAGAAUAUUUCCAGCACGCCUGGUCCUAUACCAAUGGCAUCGACAUGAACGCUGUGUUAAAGGGUUUUCCGGAGUGUCUGCAAGCUGACAUCUGUCUGCAUCUGAACCGCAGUCUGCUGCAGAACUGUACGGCAUUCCGGGGGGCGAGCAAGGGUUGUUUGCGUGCUCUGGCCAUGCGUUUUAAGACCACCCAUGCCCCACCUGGAGACACUCUGGUGCACAGCGGAGACAUAUUGACCGCACUAUAUUUCAUCUCCCGCGGCUCCAUAGAGAUCCUCAGAGAGGAUGUCGUGGUGGCCAUUUUAGGUAAGAAUGAUAUUUUUGGGGAGCCCAUCAGUCUAUACGGCAGGCCAGGGAAAUCAAGUGCGGACGUGAGGGCUCUGACGUACUGUGACCUGCACAAGAUCCUGAGAGACGACCUGCUGGAAGUGUUGGACAUGUACCCCGAUUUUUCAGACAACUUCUGGACCAACCUGGAAAUCACAUUCAACCUUCGAGAUGCAGACAGAAUCAUGCAUCAAACCCCAAGCGAGGACUCAGACUGUGGGUACCGUCGGCCCAGACAUCGGAGGAACCCCCUACAGCGAAAUCGGCCUGAUGGGAUGGACCGAGAUGGAAUGGACACGUACCCAGUCCAGUCCUGUUCCCCUGUGGGGAACCAUCGGGGGGCAAUACCGCUCUCACACUGGGAUGAGUUAUGCAGCAAUGCAUCCCUGUCCAGUGAGGAGGACAUGAAGCCCUUGGUGUCCGACCGAGGGGAGAUGUACUCACCAGGGACAGAGAUGCAGGAAUACUCUCAUUCUGCAGUCAGCCAUCUGCCGCCGGGCAACAGCACAGCCUCUGCCACGGGAGGAACAAUGGGAGGGGUACAUCCGUACACAGCAGCUCCUCUGAAUGUGUCCGGGUUAUACAGCUAUUUGCCCGACCGCAGGGCCAGUCAGUACUCAGAGAGUAAGAGACACUCCUCUGCAGCGCAGGCCUGCUACCACCAUCACAGCCCCUGUGUUGAGGACAGACCGAACCAACUGCAAGCCCGCCUGGAGCUGCUGCAGUCGCAACUCAACAGACUGGAGACCAGGAUGACAGCAGAUAUAAAUGUGAUCCUGCAGUUGCUGCAGAGGCAGAUGGCACCUGUACCCCCCGCCUACAGCGCCGUUUCCCCAGAACCGCUGGCCCACCCCACUCACCCCGCUCACCCCACCAGCCUGUACACUACAGCAACGCAUACCACCAUGCCCUCUUUACAGAUCUCUGACAGUACAUCGCCUGGCAAGAGCCCUGACUUGUACAGCUUCAAAGAGAAGUCUCCAGACUCUUUGUCCAGUGGGAUCCACCUGACAGUUGCCUCAAAUGACACCAUGUCCAUGUCCCCAGAGACCGAGCUAGCUGUGCCCACAGGAGAGCCUCAUCUACAGCCCCCGGGACUGCUGUGUAGAAGCCUGCGCUUCCCAUCUCUCCCAGACAGUCUGGAGAAUCCAAGCACACUGGAGGGAUCACCAGAAAUCCAGAGGCACAUGUCCGAUCCCGUCUUACCUGGAAGCUAGAGGCCAAAAACAGACAGUUAUUCAUAUUACAAAAACAGUCAUUCAUAUUACUCAUUAGUUCCAAGGGCGUCCAGUAGAGAAAAGUAGAUUUCUCUGAAUCUCUGAGGUGUUUUGUCUCAUAUCCCUUCUCAUUAAGAGCAGGAUUUUAUUUUUUUCCUCUGAUGCGAGAGUAUUUGGUAACACCUCUCAACUUUUUUGUUAUCGAAUAUGAAGAGAAGCACAGUUGGCAAUAAAGACAAGAUCAAAGAGUCAAAGAGAGAUGCUACAUUGUGAUCACUUGACACCAUCAUGUAAUAAUUGUAAAUGUUUUGUCUGGUUUAAGGUUUGUCUUUACGUUCUAAACUCCAUCCUGUCUUUCGAGGCAGAUCCUCUGAGGCAUCAGCAUCACUGAAACCAGGACAAAUAUGAUACAUAUACCUGGGCUUUAAAAGUAUGAGUUGCUUGUGUGUACUGAUAUUGUAAAUGUGCUUGAUUUUCUUUUCAAUGUUAGAUUUGAUCAUUUUAAGCUAUGUAUAUAUUGAGAGAGAGAGAGAGAGAGAGAGAGAGAGUGUGUGUGUGUGUGUGUGUGUAUAUAAUCCAAAUCUACUGUAUUACUACAUCAAAUGACUGGCACAAAAUGAAUCUUUGUAUAUAUUUGGAUUCAGUAACCAAGUGGGCAUGAAUUCAGGGUUAUGAAAUGAUAUUUCUGUCACAGAAGUGGUUAUUUUAACUGCUGACGGGUGGUGUGACUGUCACUGUGUGGAUAUGUUUAGACUCUUGAGAAUUUUCUCACAAAUUCUUGACGUUCUGUUUGGAAAGUGAAGGACUGCUUUUGUAAAUGACGUUUUGAGAUGAAAUCAAUGUAAAGUUUAUUUCACCUCUGCAAUGCAAGCAGAUGAAUGUAUGUAAAAUGACUAGAAACCUUUGUUGGACUGUCAAGGUUUCCAAAAGCACACAACUGUUAUUAUUAAUAUUUUUUAGAUUAAAUGUUAUUUAUAAAGAAGUACUAAUGUUGUACUGGGUUUAAGCUAUCAAUAUUCUUUGUCCUUA